GUUACGGAACCAUGUACUGAUUGAAGGUUUGGUUGAAUAAUAAUCAUUAUCUUUCUCUCUGUUUAUAUACCUUGACACAAAAGCCUCUGCACCGUCCUAACUCACAUUCCCACCCCCCUAACUAGCUCAGUUUACUUCAAACAUUUCCACCACCGACUCACAUUCACAAUGGGUAGCGCUCAAACCGAUGUCGAGCUCCAAGACUUUGGAAGCAUCUUCAGUCUCGAAGGCAAAGUUGCCGUCGUCACUGGAGGCUCAAGAGGUCUAGGCCUGAACGUUGCAUCAGGGUUCAUGCAAGCAGGUUGCUCCAAAGUCUACAUCACCUCUCGUAAGGCCAAAGCAUGCGAAGAAGCCGUGGCCGCUCUCAACGCCCUCCCCAACAAACGUCCUGGCGCCGUCGCCAUCUCCGUCCCAGCCGACUCGUCCAAGAUCUCCGAGAUUGAACGACUGGCCGCCGAAGUGGCCAAGACGACCGACCACGUCGACAUCCUCUUCGCCAACGCCGGAGCAACAUGGGGUGCUCCCUUCGAGACACACCCUGAGAACGCGUUCAGCAAGGUCAUGGACCUGAACGUAAAGAGCGUCUUUUACACGGCGCAAAAGUUCGAGCCCCUCCUCAAGAAGAAGGCGACCACAGAGAACCCCAGCAGGAUCAUCAUCACGGCCAGUGUCGCUGGCUUGGGUGUGGGAACACUGGGCCAGAACGCCACAUACGCCUACAGCUCCAGCAAGGCGGCGGCGAUCCAUCUCGCCAAGAACCUUGCAGUCGAGUUGGGUCCGAGGGGAAUCAUCACCAACGCAGUCUGUCCUGGUUUCUACCCGACCAAGAUGGCGUCGGGCCUGAUGGAACUACAAGGUGGCCAGGCGGCUCUUGCGGCCGAGGUCCCCAACAAGAGACUGGGACAUCCCGAAGACAUUGCCGGUCUGGUAGUUUUCCUGUCCAGCAGAGCGUCGAAGCAUAUCAACGGUGCCGUCAUUACGACUGAUGGUGGAUCGUUAUUGUCUCGAGGAAGGUUGUAAAUGUCUUGUCUUGUAUACUCUAUACAUAUAUAUGAAUAAAAAAAGGCGGUGGUAUAUUACAAAACUAUCAAUCAG